AUGUUUAUAAAAUAUAUUUCUAUCAUCAUUUAUUGUUAUCAUCUUCAUAAUGUCUUUUCGCAAUCAGUGACUACUCAAUUAAAAGAUAAUCAAAUAUUAACUUCAACUCUCCCAGUUAAUGGUUAUAAUUAUUAUUAUUUUAGUAGCUCAUCUUCUAUGAAUCAAAUGUUCACAAAGAGAGAUCAACCUGAAAUUUAUCUUUCAGUAGCUACAUGCAGUCAACCAAUACCACCUGUUAAUUAUCACGAAACGAUUCCAUCCCUAAAUAUAUACAUUUCAACUUCAAAUGCAUUACCAGGCUCUAAUGAUGACAUCUUGGCUAACAAUUCAGUUAAUGGACUUAUGAAUUGGACAAGUGAUGGUCAGACAUCAGAGAUUUGGAUUGCAGUAGGGAGCCCUAAUUUAACAGCUUCUUGGAAUGGGAACUGGACAUAUGAAAUUGGUGUUUCCACCAGCCAAUUUAUGCAUUUAUUAUUUGUCAAUAAUGAAGAAAUAGACAAUGAUAUACCCUAUAUUACUUUAGAUGAUACAGAUAGAAAUCAUGCAUUAUUUUUAUCCAGCCCUUUUCAAGGAUCAGCGCCUAAUUCAACUAUUUUGAUGACCCAUAAUUUACCUAAAGAAUUAUCUUAUUCGCUUUGUGCAGCCAGACUACACAAAUCAACUCAUUAUAAUGUAAAUACUACCGUGACUUACCGUGGUCCAACUCAUGGUCCUAAACAACAGUUUAUGAUAUCUAAUUUAACUUCAAAUACAGCUUAUACAGCUUAUAUGCUUCAAACAAGGGGAGCUCUAAUAGGCAUGACAACACCCAUCUAUCUAAAGACAAAGAUGGAAGCUAAUUGUCGAAUUAUUUAUGAUUUGCAAUUUUGUGAUCAAGUAGCUUACAGUGUGCCUGUAAAUCCAGAUGCGCUUUUGACAAGCAGUAUACAGGAUCUUGUAAAUCAAUACGACCAACAGGCCUUGGAAAAAUUUAAACCCUUUGACAUUGCUCUCUCACAAUUUAAUUGCGAGACAACACUUUAUUCGCUCGUGCGGAAUUGUACAGACUGUUAUAGAGAUUAUAAGACCUGGCUCUGUGCAGUCACUAUUCCACGCUGUACAGAUUCUUCUAUGAAUGCAGGUCUUCAUCAGGGUACAGACAAUGUUGCUGCUGCACCUGCAUUACGUGAUAUCUCUGUCAAUGCAUCACGUAACCCUUGGAUAGAUGAGUCAAUACAACCAGGUGAAUGGACUGAAUUAUUACCCUGUAUUGAUCUCUGUUAUCACGUUGUCCAGAGCUGCCCUCCCUUUUUAAAUUUCUAUUGUCCUGAACCUGAUUUGAGGUCAAUACAAUAUGGAUAUUGGCAAAAUGGCACAGCGUCUGUCAAUGGUACUGUCUAUCAUUUCAAUAUAAACAAUCCUACAUGUAAUCGAGUCGGCAUAAGCCCAGGUCUGUUGACAAUCAGUCAUACUUCAACACUCUAUUGCUCGUUUAUUUUGUACAUUGUCCCUCUUUUUACUCUUUUAUUAUUAUUAUGA